GUUUUAUAAUGAGUAAUGAUAUUCAUUAGUCAUUAUAAUUGAUUAUUUGGCUAUUAUUUUACAGAUUAUGGUAUAAUGGCCUAUGUUGUGUUGUGCGAGGCCUAAAGAAACACCUUCAGUCUAGUGAUAGGCGUAUGUUCUGGUUGAAAGAGCAGUAUCUUCAGCUUUUCUAUGAAGAAGAAUUGUUCUAUGCCUGUCACUGUUGAUGCAAUCAGGGUUUUUGGUGGCCGUGAUUGGGCAAAUACUGGCCACAUCACUGGGAUAUCUCCACCUGAUAAUGGAACUCUAAGGCGAGGUGCUUCAACAAAAUUUAUAAAUAAAAAGAAAAGAUCCAUUGGCAAUAUUCAAACCUUAAGGCCUGAGUUGUGCUCUCUGUCUGACACUGGCUACAGGCGAGCGCUUCCUUCUCCUGCUCUCCCUCCGUCAAGGUCUCGCUCUAUCUCAAGUGAAAUGGAGGCAAGACCAGGUGUCAGCCCUCAGGGCUCAUCAGAUCACUUAGAUUCUUCUAGUCCUACCCAUCACCAUAGGGAAAGGGUAAAGAAAGACGUUAUAUGGCCUGUUACACAUUUCAGGCAUGGCUCAAUCACUCAUGAAACACAACUAGACUUCAUUGAUUUUGUGGCGCUGUUCCGAUCUUUCAGUUUGAGAGCUCGGAAGGAUUUGAAAGAUCUUUUCGACCAGUUUGCAAUGAGCUGUAGGAGUAUGUCUGACAGCUCACUCAAUGAUGGUAGUCUAAAAAGUUCUCCAGAACACUCAAGCCGAGCACCAAAGAUAGGUUUGUUAACCAGAAACAGCUCAGCUGAUUUGAUGGACUAUAGGAACACACCAGCAAUGCAAAAGAAAAAAAUAUUUGAUGCCAUAGCAACUUCAAGUAUUGUAACCAACUGUGCUGGAGUGGAUACAUCUAAGUCUCAAGUCAUCACAUUAAACAACUUUGCUAAAUUUCUGGAAACAAAACAGCUGGAACAGCAUACUGAAGAGGAAGUCAAAGAACUGAUUCAGAGGCAUGAACCAGAUCCUACUUUGAGAUCACACAAUUGCUUGUCAUUUGAAGGAUUCGCGAGGUUUCUGAUGGAUAAAGAAAAUUUUGCAUUUGUCUGUGAAAAAGUCUGCCCUGAUGAAAAAGAGAUGGAAUAUCCCCUUUCUCACUACUACAUCGCCUCAAGCCACAAUACUUAUCUCACUGGCCAUCAGCUCAAAGGCGAAUCCUCGGUGGAUUUGUACAGCCAGGUGCUGUUGGCUGGUUGUCGGUGUGUGGAGCUAGACUGUUGGGAUGGCGAUGACGGUUCACCUCAGAUUUAUCACGGUCAUACAUUCACUACUAAGAUACAGUUUAAGUCUGUUGUUGAAGCAAUUAACAGAAGUGCCUUUGUUACUUCACCUUAUCCUGUGAUCCUUUCAAUAGAAAACCACUGUUCUCUUCAGCAGCAGACCCGUAUGGCACAUAUAUUUCAGAGUGUUUUUGGUGAAAAACUUGUGACAAAGUUUAUAUUUGAAGCUGAUUUUUCUGAUGAGCCUUGUCUGCCUUCACCAGCUCAGCUGAAGUAUAGAAUAUUAAUCAAAAAUAAAAAACUAAUGGCAGAUAUACCACCAGCUUUCCCAUUGCAAAGAGGGAAAACAAGGAGUCAUCAAGCUCCUAGGGCAUCUUCUAUUAUUUCAAAUACUUCAGGCGGUUCUGUUAAUGAUGAUUUCAGUGAUGAAGAUGAUGAUGAUGAUGACGAUGAUGAUGAAAAUAUUGAGGCGACUGUUACUGAUUGUCCAAGAACUGAUUCUCUCUCGAGCCAUGACAGUGCUUUGAAAACACCAUCCCGAUCGACUGGAAAAUCACCUGCAAGUCAGCAACAGCUGGAAAUGGAUUGGGUCAUGGAGGAUGAUGGCAUUGCACCUAAGAAGAAACAGAUUGCCAGGGAACUGUCAGACCUUGUAAUUUAUAUUCAGGCUAUUAAAUUUCGUCAGUUGAACACAAUCAGUCCCAAUAGUUCUGUUCGCUGUAAACGAGCUUCAGCAGUAUCUUCAGUAGCAACAAGUGCCAUGUUGAAGAAAGGAAGCGGUGGGAGCCUAAUAGGGCCUACAGGCAGUCCUAGCAGCUCCGACUCCCAUAGCUAUCCUAAACAAAGGGUCAACACUUACCACCCCUGCUACCAGUGUACAUCUCUCAAUGAAAAUUCAGCAAAGAAGCUUUGCAGAAAGCAAACUUUACCGCUGAUCGCUCACACUGAAACCCAACUCAUGAGGACUUAUCCUGCUGGCAUGAGGAUUGACUCUUCAAACUUCAAUCCUGUGAUAUUUUGGGCAUUUGGUAUUCAGAUGGUUGCAUUGAAUUACCAAACCGAAGAUAGUGCAUUGCACAUUAACACAGGAAUGUUCGAGCAGAAUGGCCGAUGUGGAUAUGUUUUGAAACCAGCAGUUAUGAGAGACAGAACACACAUGAUGUACAGGAGAUUUAAUCCAUGGGAUAAGGAGUUUGAUGGUCUUCAUUCUUCUCAGAUUAUUUUAAAUGUUAUAUCUGGUCAAUAUGUUUGUCAGAACAAUCUAACUGCUAAUGUAAUAGUGGAGGUAGAAAUGAUUGGGAUUCCUGUUGACUGUAACAAACAAAAGACUAAAGUUGUUCAAAGAAAUGCUCUGAAUCCUAUUUGGAACGAGUCUUUUUAUUUUCAAGUUAUGUUUCGAGAUUUAGCCUUUUUAAGGUUUUCUGUGUUAGAUGCAAGUACAAAUCAUUUGAUUUGUCAGAGGGUAAUGCCGUUAAAAUGCCUUAGACCAGGAUACCGUCAUGUUCGUAUGCGGACUCCUCAAAAUCAGCCAUUGCAGUUAUCUACACUUUUUGUUUAUUCUCGAACAGAAGAGGAGUCUGUAGGUCAAUCUGACACUAUACUUGAUAGAUGCAAAGAAGAAAACCCUGCAAAACAAGAAAUGAGGCCGACUGGAAAGAGAAGAAUGUUCUUCUUAAUGGUGUAUGGAGUAGUUCCAGAUGAAACAUCUACUAUAUUGAAGAUAACCCAAGAGAGUACUACUCAUGAAGUAGUUCUUCAAGCUUUACAAAAGGCUGGACAGAGUGCAGACAAGGUAAAUGAUUAUGUUUUAGUCGAAGAAGUUUCAAGAGGCUGGGACAGAAAAGAUAGAGAAGCGCCUGCCUCACAAAGGGUGUUGGAUCCUCAAGAAUGUCCUCUUCAAGCCCAAGCUCAGUGGCAGGGAGAAGGGAAAUUUUUAUUGAAACGUCUAGGAGAUGACCCUAGUAGUCGAGCUUGGUUGUCAUCUAUCAGAUCUACACGUGUUCAACAAGCAAGAACAUGGGAUGAGGCUGACAAUUUCCUGGUCUGUGUUUAUAAUGUUUCCCCUGAAAUACCUUAUGCUAUUUUGAAGAUGCCACAAAGUGCAUGCGCGCAGGACGUGCUUGCACAGGCACUAGUAAAAGCCAGAAGAAUGGAAGAUCCCACUAGAUUUGUCCUACUAGAGGAACUAGAAUGGAGUGCCAAUGCAAAAGUUCAAAGGAUACUUGCAGAUGAUGAAAAUAUUUAUAGAACACAAUCCCAGUGGCAAACGAUAGGAAGGUUUAUUCUCCGUGAAAGAGAAAUCAGAAGAACAGGAAGUACACUGCGCACAGUAACGCUUGACCGUCUUAGCAGGGGUUUGAGCAAAUUGCCAGUUGCUGAAGCCUUAAGUGAUCCUACUGCUAAAGUUCGAUUUCCACUUAGCGGGCUGAGUAGAAGUGUUCGAGAUUCGGGGCCUUAUGGGAGACAGAGGGAAGUACACUCAGAAGGGGAAACUCUCAGUGAUGAGGACAUGACUUCUGACAUGAGGACAGCUGUUUCCAGAUUGAAGAGGGUUUCUCUGCGGAAGCUUAGAGUGUGGAAAUCAUGAUUCAUGCUCUGCUCUAUGUCUGAGUAGACAUAAGGGAACUAAAGACCCCUAUUUCUAACUUCUAACACCGAAGUCUAGUCAUUAUAAAACUUUCUGUGAUACUAUACGUACGUUGCUAUUUGUUUUUAAUUAUUUUUACGACUCUAUUUAAUUUUUUUUUAAUUAUUGAUCUUCCUUGUACCAGUGUUUUCUUGAUACUUUUUCAAGAAAAUCUCUUCCUUGUACAUUCUUCUGUAUAUUCCUUUUUUCUACUUAUUGUGUACAGUAUUUAUAAAUUAUAAAUAAAUAUAUACUUAUUAUAAAUAUGUAUAGAGAGAAAGAGCACUAUUGUAUUUAAAAAGUGUGAAUAUCUUUACAAAGAAAACAGUAUUGUUAAUUGAUAAAAUUUUUAAAAGUUACUAAUGUUAAUGUAGGUUUAAAAGACAUUUCUAUAAAUUGUUUAUAGUAUAUUAUUAUAUUAAGUUUAUAAAGUUUAUUGCAAGUUUGAGAUUUUGUUACAAUUUAAUUUUCAAUAUAGCCAUUGUUUGCUAUUGAAUGAAUAAAUUGAUGCCAGUUUUUAACUAGUCAAUGGUAUUCAGGGUAUUUAAAAUAAUUGUCAACAAGAGAUUUAAAAAAUGCCAAUCGUCUUUAAAUAUCUCAUUUAUAUGACCAAAAAUAGUUAUUGCUCUUUUAGCUAAUGAUUCUAUUUACUUUUAAUAUUUUAAGUUAUAAUAACGUGAAGCACAUGUUUAUUAAUCGUUGUUUCUUGUCUCAUCUUGUGGCCCUACUAACAGUGUAACCUUCACUCUUCUUCCUACUUAAUAACAAAGCUUGGUUGAACAAAAUUGAGUGGAAAUAUUCUAGUACACUUAUAGAUAUGUUUCACUAUUUUAAACUGUUUGAAAGGACAUUUUACCCAUCAAAGACAUCUUUUUUCUGUAAUGCAUUAUUAUUUAAAGCAUUAAUAAAUUAAACAUACAUAAUUGGAUAAAUAAAAAACGGUUAGAUUUUCAAUGAAAACUGAUCUUACUCGCUCAAUAAUAUUUUACUAUUUUUGCAAUGGCCUCAUACUUCCUCAACUAUCAGUUAUAAUUUAAGAUGAUGCCCAUAGUUUCUAAAUGUAUUGAGCAAACUUUUAAUAAAAUGUUUUCACACCAAAAAAAAAAAUUAAUGCAGAUAAAAAUAAUUAACUACAGUUUCUGGAUGUUCAAGGCCCCAUUCUUAAUGCCACUUUAAUGUUUACUAUUCACCACAAUUUUGUCUAAAACAAAAAUUUGAAAGGGAAUUAAAGCAACUUUAGAAAAUUUUAUGCACAAAAUGAACCAGAUGCAAACUUUAAACUAUAAAAUUUAGGGAAAUAGAGGGACCAAUUAAGAGCAAGCUCUUUUAUCUUUUAGAUGAUGUCUUUCACCUGUGACAAUGUUCCCUUAAUCCUGUUGAUAAGGAUUUCCAAUGUAACCAAACAUACAACUUUAGUUGAGGCCGUAAUAUUAGACAAGUAACUUUACUUUUAUUUUUUUGAAAUUAUUAUCAGUCUAAUCAUGUACAUAGUCACAAUGUAAACAGAUCACACAUCCAUGUAGACUUAUGCUCUCACUUACAUGGCAUACUCCAAUAAGGCCCUCUUUUUCCUGACCUAAAAAUAUCUCUUGUACAACUAAAAGCUGAUUUCAUUUUGUUUAUUCAAUUUGUUUUUUCAUUGAACCUUUUUCCUGUUUAAUCUUGGAUGUUACAAGCUUGAAAAUCAGUGCCUUUUUAUGUUCUUUUGAGAGUCACAUUUUUCGAAUUUAAAUGAACUUUCUCUAGUUGAUAUUUUUCUAUUUUCUGCAACAGCUUUUAAAUAUUUUAAAUGUGAUGCAAGCUGUUAACGAGGGCAUAGUUACUCGUUCAUUAAAUAUUUCUUAACUUGGGCCUUGAAACACUUUUUGCUAAAACUGGGUAACAUACCUGAUGUUUUUACUAUAAUGGAAUAUUCAUGUAGCAUUUACUACUAUUUUGUAACAAAAAAAAAAAAAAACAUUUUUAGAGAUAAGUAUAAUAAUAUGUGAGAGUAUUAAUUUUAUUUAUGACCCUCAAAUCUUAUCAAAUACAAAAAUCACUAAUAUUAUUUUUAAAAAUGUGCUCUUUCAAAAUUUAAACUAUUUGUUGAACUUUUAUUAAUCAAAUAGAAAUCCGAUAAGGAAUCUUUUAGUGUUGUUCAUAAUCAGAAACAAAAUGUUUUUAUCUGGAUAAUGUUUGAAAAUGACCUGAUGUAAUUAUAUUAAAUAUAAUAAUAUAAGGUAUCAGUACAAUUAUAGGUUUACACCAAUCUUAUUUAUUUGUUAAAUUAUGUUGUAAAUGUAUGUUGAAACGCACAUCCCUGAAACUACCUGAAGCAGAAGGUGCUCUGAUCUAAUAGCUGAUUUUGUUUCUUAAAAUUAUUUAAUUUUGAUUAUUUUAAAUAGUUUAAUAAUAUAUGAGAUUGAAAAAAAAUGUUAUAUUUUCUAUUUGAAUUUGUAAAUAUAUUAUACGCACAUUUAGACUG